AUGGCGACGACAGAACCCGUCACGAACAUCGUCAAGCGGAUUGGACAACCGCUACAUGGUGACAACGACGAGGAAAUUCGUUCUUUCUUGACGGGAUUUACCGCGAAAGAGCUGCGCAGUGCUUGCAGAAUCUACCACGUAAAAGUUCGCUCCAAGACCGCUAACCUCGAUAGCAAAGUCGGCUACGAAAACGUUCUUGUGGAGCUAGCUCGAUCCCAGCGAGAGAGUGAAAACGCAACACGUGAUAAGCGUGACAAGCGUCAAGGUUCUGCUGGGGUUGUAGCUGCUGUGACUACACAUGCUGGAGCUGUUGCUGGCCGGAAUGCCUUCUGGGUACAGGUAGCAGUGGAUUAUGUCAAGGACCGCCCAGAGUAUGGCCGCCUGGUCUCAGCAAUUAGCCGCUUCAAAGGGGUGGAUCCGCACCAUAUUGUGCCUCACACUAGUGAAAAGCUGAUGCAGAUUUAA